AAUAGAUGGAAUGGAAGACGUUAAUACAAUUCGGAAGUUAGCAAGGCUUUGCCGCCUUUAUGCAAAGCUGUAGAAUUCGAAGGCUUCACAACGACAAAUCAAAUGGCUGGAGGGCAGGGCCAAUCAGAAAGAGAAGACAAGGUUGCUCUAGAGCUCACUGAAGAAAUCUUUCAGAGCAUGGAAGUUGGCAUGGCUUUUCGUGAUUAUAGUGGUAGGAUCAGUUCAAUGGAUUUUCAUAGGACAUCAAGUUAUCUAGUGACUGCUAGUGACGAUGAAUCCAUUCGCCUGUAUGAUGUCGCCACUGGAACAUGUUUGAAGACAAUUAAUAGCAAAAAGUAUGGGGUUGAUCUGGUCUGUUUCACUUCUGAUCCUACAACAGUUAUAUACUCCUCAAAAAAUGGUUGGGAUGAAUCUUUGCGGCUUCUUUCAUUGCAUGACAACAAGUAUUUGCGUUACUUUAAAGGUCACCAUGACAGGGUUGUCUCUCUUAGCUUGUGCUCUCGAAAAGAAUGUUUUAUCUCUGGUUCACUUGAUCGAACUGUUUUACUUUGGGAUCAACGAGCUGAGAAGUGUCAGGGUCUUUUACGUGUGCAAGGAAGGCCUGCUACAGCUUAUGAUGAUCAAGGGUUAGUCUUUGCAAUUGCAUUUGGAGGAUACGUAAGACUGUUUGAUGCUCGCAAGUAUGAUAAGGGUCCUUUUGAAAUCUUCUCUGUUGGGGGAGAUAUAUCUGAUGCAAAUGUUGUCAAGUUCAGUAAUGAUGGGAGGCUUAUGCUUUUAACUACUAUGGAUGGACAUAUUCAUGUACUUGAUUCAUUCCGUGGCACGCUUCUAUCCACAUACAAUGUCAAGCCAGUUUCAAGCACUUCCACUUUAGAAGCAUCUUUCAGUCCUGAGGGAAUGUUCGUUAUAUCAGGCUCAGGUGAUGGGAGUGUCUAUGCAUGGAGUGUACGGAGUGGCAAAGAAGUUGCAAGCUGGAUGAGCACUGAAACUGAACCUCCUGUCAUAAAAUGGGCUCCUGGAAGUCUGAUGUUUGUGACUGGCUCUUCUGAAUUAUCAUUUUGGAUUCCAGACUUAUCUAAAUUGGGAGCUUAUGCUGGAAGAAAGUAGAGUUUCCAUGUACAACCACCUUGUAAUCCUAAGCGUGAGAUAGUCAAAAGGUUCACCAUUUUUGCUCAUCCAUUAUUGAUGAAAGUUUUGGUGGGAAUUUCCAUGUGCACCAUUUGUUAUCAUAAUACCAGUUGGCUUUGCAGGGGCAACAUAAAGAACUGACUACAGAGGACUGUGCCCAGUACCAUAAAUUUAUAUGUUAUUACACUAAUGAGGGAGCCACUUCUUGAAAUAUUAGAUGCUCCAGUGGCUUACCAUCCUUGAUAAUAGCAUACAUUUAUCAGAAACCCUGUUCUGGAGGCAACAUCAUGUACUUGAGGUACUAAAAUGUGAAUCCCGGCUUUAGAUCUUCUACCUGAAUCUGAGGUACUAAUAUCAACAUUUAGCCUUUUGCUUGUAUGGUUUUACCUAAAUCUGAAGGUUUGCAUCAUCAAGAUCUCACUUCUUACAUAAACAACACUCUAUUGUAUUUCUUUUAUUAAAUUACAAUACAACUGUAAAUCAUCUAUUAAAUGCUCUUUUGAUUCUAUUAGCUAA